AUGGGAAGGGUAGAUGAUAGGCCGAAGCUGAGUUUAGAAGGCGAGGAUCGAUCGAGUCAGGGAAAUUCCAUCACUGAAUCGCAGCGGGAGAAACGCAAGUCUGAGGUGCUGAUAGCGGCACAAUCUAUCGAAAAUGAGGUUCAAAGUGUCAAGAGCUUGAAGAGGAUCUCAAUAGGGUCUAUCGAUCUUCUGAUAGACCCUGAAAUGGAGUUUCGGGUUAGUAACCCUAAUGCCAGAAGGUCGUGGUCGUCAAACUCAUCCUCUAGUGGAGAAGAGGCAGACAUAAGAACGAUAUCAAGUCAUGAGAAUGAAUUAAAUAUCAACAGUCAGGCAAGUGGCGAUAUAAGGGGCACUGACGGACCGGAAACUAGUUUUGAUAUAACCAGCGCCGAUUAUUUGCAAAGUUCUGAUUCUGUUCCCGACGGCUCGGAUACUCUAAGCUCUUCCAGUUAUUCACAAAGAACUGGCUCACCCCAGCAUUCUGUUAGAAGAAUUCUCACGGGCGUGGGAUCGCUAAGAAGAGGUGGUGUCAAUGCCGCGGUGAGCGAGGAUUCAUCGUCUGUGCCUGUGGAUGACGGCAGCUCCGGUCCAGGUAAUUCCAUAUUAUCAAAACAGUUGUUUUGGGUUCCUGCAAAUCAGCAUCCUAGUGUUAAACCGGAAAACUAUUUGGAACUGGUACAAGAUACUUUGCAUAGCAUACAGUUAGAUGACAAGGACGAGAUGCCGGAUAGCGCUGAUCAAAAUGACGCAGAUUUGGCCAGUUUCGAAAGAGCGCCCAUUGAUUUAGCACGUAAGCGCGAUUCGUUGGUGCGAAGGCCUUCUCGAUUAAGGAAAUCAUACACAGAAUUCGAAGAUGAUGCUGAGUCCGAAGAAGACGAAAAUUACCAGGAGGGCUACCGCAAGGCGGCAGAUGAAGCUAAGGGACCUGGCCAAUCUUUAAGAGGCUCCAUGAGGGCGGUUUCCCUGAAGGACAUCACGGAGGAGCUGAAUAAAAUUUCUAACAACGCCGGACUGACAAGCUCCGAUGCCAUUACUCUUGCAAGAACCCUGAGCAUGGCUGGCACUUAUAGUAAUGCGGAUAACAACUCCAAGGAGGGUGAUGUGACGAAAGGCGGACCGAACACAAUUAAUGCAUAUGGCUCAACCAAAUAUGAGGACGAGGGUGAGUUUGCCUCCAACAUGCUUAUGAGAUAUGGUGUGGUGAUCCCUGCAAGAUCAUCUUUGCGGAGAAGUAAAUUUAAUACGUAUAGGAUAAGAUCUUCCGGAAGCACAUCCUCGCUAACUAGCGAGCAUUCAAAUGUGGAGAAUCGUGGAGUUACGGAGAUCAAGGAGCAAGCCAGAGCAUCUCAUGAAAGCAGGAAGGAACUUUCCGUGAAGCAUCAGCCUGAUAGAAAUGAUUUAGUGAAAGCUAAGUUGCCGACAGAAAAACAGACCGAAAGUACUCUUUCUUCGCCCUCCACGAUCAGCGAUUUUCAAGACAUAUACGAUCACUAUCGCCAUUCUAGUGUUGAAUGGGAAAAAGAACUUGACGUGGGCUUACCACGGCAGGCAGAUAGCCCUCUCGCUAACAGCUACGUGAAGUUGAGAGAGAAAGAGAUUCACGCUGUGGGGAAUUCGCCGUCGAUUCAAGACACCAAGUUACUGGAAACAGGCUCACUCGCUGAAAAUGAGGAAGACCCUGCUGCAAUAGCAGCCCAGGAUAGUUCGGAAAAAAAAUCUAGCUGGUCAUGGCUGAAUGGUAUUACUACUAGAGAUUCAAUCGCUGAGAAGCAAGUGAAGAGUGACUCCAAACCACUAGCGACACCCGAUGACGAAGCAUAUCUGAGUAAUAACUUGGAAAGGGUGCGAGAUCACUCGAGGGCUCAUUUAGGGAAGCUGGCAAAUCAGAGCAGUAACCACUCGAAAAAUAGGCACUCGCCUAUAUUUAAUGCAAGCGAGUCUGCCAAACCCGGUCGUCCUCCAGCAGAAAGCGAUGGCGCAAGCUCCAAUUCAAGUAACCUGAAAAGGCAGAGGUUUGAGAAGAAGUUCGUGAAUCUUUUCAAAAGAAAGGCCAAAAAUAAGCUUACUGGUCAUAAGAUCUCGAAAGACAGCGUCAAUGGCGAUGCUUCGGGAAAUUCAUCCGGCGAAAACCUGCCCAGAUCGGGAAAGCUUAACAAGAACCACAUCAAGUUGAAGUCUGAGUCAGGAGCCGAAGAGCAUCUGCGAAAUGCACAAAGCGCUCUAGGCCAUGUCUCGAGCGGCGGCCCCGAAGAGCAUUCUGCUAAACAAGAGAGUGAUGUGGACGAGCUGCCAGCGUUGCAGCCAGCCGUCAGCGUUACAAGCCUGAAGAGCAACCAUGGGCUCACCAAUGAGCCAUCUGUAGUCGAGUCGGUGCGGGAACUUAACGGGGAUGACUCGCAGGACGUGAGUGCCGAUCAAAGCGCUGAUUCCAGCAUAGACUUGAUGCAAGAGGCCUUGGUUAUCAAAGAACCAACAAAUGAUCUGCAAGCGAACGGGAAGCCCGUGCCGCCGCCAUCAAACAAGCACGUCAUACCACCAAGGAAGCUAACUUUUGACGAUGUAAAGAGACCGGAUCGUCCCAACGCCGCUAUGAACUUCACAGACAGUGCAUUUGGUUUCCCGCUACCGAUGCUCACUGUUUCUACAGUCAUCAUGUUUGAUCACAGACUGCCAAUCAACGUUGAAAGAGCCAUUUACAGGCUGAGUCACCUAAAGCUCAGCGAUCCCAAAAGAGAUCUGCGGCAACAAGUUAUUUUGAGCAAUUUCAUGUACGCUUACCUUAACUUGGUCAAUCACACGCUGUACAUGGAGCAAGCAGCUCAAGAGGACGAAUUGAGCUCCAAUUCGGUCGUCGAUAACCCGUCCAACACCCCAUCCUCCAGCGCUGCCUACAAGAUUGAACAUAAUUCGGCUAACGGAUCGAUUUGCAUACCAGACAUCUGA